AUGCAACUAGAAAUGCCGGGUCAGUGAAAGAUAACAAACAAACUGCUUUCGGCGAAAGAACUUAAGUUACGUUACAAAUUUGAAGUAGGCGAGAGCACAUAAUGAACGCACUUCGUCACACGAUAUCCCUGGUAUCGCUGGGCACCUUUCAACUGGUGCGCCGGACCAGGGGGCCCCACGCCAGAGGCUUUCUCCUCGGGACGGGACUGGGCCUGGCCAGCUUUUCGGCGGUCACGUACGCACAUUCCGCGGAGGCGGUCAACCCAAAGGUCAACGGGGUGCAGAUGGACACCUCGCGGUUCAUGGCCGAGCCCAUCACCGACUCAAAGGCACUGCUGGGGGACAAGGAGAACAUGCGUCAUCGCAUGGAGAUCCUGAUCAUGGAGAUUCAGGCGGAGUUCUGCCGCGCCCUGGAGGCGGAGGAGAACUGUGGCCAGAAGUUCAAGGUGGAUCGGUGGGAGCGGCCUGAGGGCGGAGGCGGCAUCACUUGCGUCCUGCAGGAUGGCGAUGUGUUCGAGAAGGCGGGCGUCAAUAUAUCCGUGGUCACAGGUUCGUUGCCCCCGGCUGCAGUACAACAGAUGCGGGCUCGCGGCAAGAAUCUGAAGGAAGGAACCUCUUUGCCGUUCUUUGCCAGCGGCGUGAGUGCCGUGAUCCAUCCGAGGAAUCCCCAUGUCCCCACCAUCCACUUCAACUAUCGUUAUUUCGAAGUGGAAACUGCCAAGGGGGAGAAGCAGUGGUGGUUUGGUGGUGGCACAGAUCUGACGCCCUAUUACCUCUGCGAGAAGGACGCCUCCCACUUUCAUCAGACCCUGAAGUCCGCCUGCGAUGAGCACGAUGCCACCUACUACCCGCGCUUUAAGAAAUGGUGCGACGAUUACUUCCGCAUCAAGCAUCGCAACGAGAGCCGCGGCAUUGGCGGAAUCUUUUUCGACGACAUCGAUUCGCCCAACCAGACGGCGGCCUUCAACUUUGUGUCAAGCUGCGCCAGGGCCGUGAUUCCCUCCUACGUGCCGCUGGUACGAAAGCACAAGAAUCGGGAGUAUGGCAACAACGAACGCCAGUGGCAAUUGCUGCGCCGCGGGCGCUACGUGGAGUUCAAUCUGAUCUACGAUCGUGGCACCAAGUUCGGCCUAUACACGCCUGGAGCCCGGUACGAGAGCAUCCUGAUGUCCCUGCCCCUGCACGCCCGCUGGGAGUACAUGCACGAGCCCAAGUCCCAGUCCGAGGAGGGCAAACUGAUGAAGGUCCUGAAGAACCCCAAGGAUUGGGUCUAAGCUAGGUUUUUAUUUUUAAUUGUUCUUAAGAGGGAACCGGUGCCUUUUACACUAUAUUUAAAACUUAAUGUGUACAUAUUGUAAUUGUUGUUGCAAAUAAACAUGACAAAAUGUUA